UAUUAUUAACAUUCAACCUAACAUUAAAACAGUUACUACUGUACAAGUCUUGGAGCCACCAUCCACAAAUGAUUCGUCUGGUUCUAGUUUCUUCUUUCAUUUUCAUCUUGGGUUCCUGCGAAGCCAAAAGUGCACCGAAUGACCUGCCACUCAAGAAUGUCGAGACCCGUAUUCCCUAUCGAUCAAUUGAAGAAAAACAGGGAGUCAAGGAAGGUGCGGUAAUCGUUGCGGGGUCUAUCGCGACAGCGAUGUUAUUUCCGUACCUAGCUGUAGGGGCGGCUGGCUACUACGCGGUUAAUAAAGCUACAACCGCAGUUACGGAUUACGCAGUAGGAAAAGCUAAGGAGGUUGUCACAUCUUCAGUCGAAAAUGUCAUACAAAAGUCAUUAACAGGUGAAUGAAUAGUGCAACCUAUUCAGGUUUAUUAGUUAGGUUUAUUGUGAAAACCUGGCAUUAAAUUGUGUUUAUCCAAUUAAA